GGGCAGAUCCCUAGUCCCCAGUGCCGCUUGCCUUCUGACUUGCCUUUUUAUAGCGGCACAAGGUGGCUCACUAUGGGCAAGGAAGGGGUUUUGCGAGGGCCAGAAUUUAGAGCGGCGGUUGAUGGGAACUCCUGUGGGGCAAGCCCAAAGAAGGAUGGGCCACGCUAUAAACGACCAUAACAGGACGUUGCUAGCUCCUUACUGUAAGCUGUAGUAGAUCGGAUCAUUCCCGACUCUGUGGAUCUCAUAAUGACGGUAGCUUAAGCGUUUUGGGAGGGGUUGUAGGAAGCAGAAAAAAAUAAAACUGGAAUUAAAACGUGCUCAUCAAUAAAGAGGAUUUGAUGGAGGCCUCUCGGAGCGGACGCACCGGUGCCGUGGCCACAGUGGUGGCAGCGGUGGACCAGCCCUGCGGGCUGCCUCUCCCGCAGGCACAGCCGCACGGCCCCCUCCAUGUCUUGUCCCCCUCGUCAGCCGCGACGCAGGGGCCCAAGUGGGGCAGGUCUCCCCUGUCCUCCACGGCCUUCAGCCCACUGCUCGUGGCACGGCCAGCCGUCAUACGCUCUGUUUCCUGCCCCAUGUCCCACGCCCGCUCUCCUGCUCAGAUUCACAGGAGUACAGCACUGCCCUUCCAGAUGGAUGGGGCACUUACAGGCAAAAGCGCCCACCUUUUCACAGUGCCAAAGAUCGCUGUGCAUAAGCAGGCAGUGCGAAAGAGCCCUCAAUUCUCCACUGAGGGAGGCGCUAUUGCCUCCCUGGAGAAGGAUCUCGCAGAGUGCUCGCGAGAGCCCAUCACACGCCCAGUGCGGGCCCCCGGGCCAAAGUACGAUCAAGCUCAAGGAGAGGAUGGCAAGGGAAAUGUAGACGUCGCCGGUCAGCCUGAGCUACGGAGAUCGUACAGCGUUCCCGCUGCCGCACCAGCGCCGCCGCCGCAGCAGCAGCAGCGUCAGCCUCAGCAUAGGAUGAUGAUGAUGACAGCUGAACGUGGCUCUGACGUGAAAGGCCAGAGAAUGGAAGAGAUGCCUGUUAUUGAACCAACAGCAGACUACCUUACGGAGAUGGCCAUGACGCCCCCGGUCUUCACAACGGAUCUGCAGGACGUGGCGGUCAUGGAGGGGGAACCGGUGCGCAUGCAGUGCCACGUGACGGGGACUCCGCCGCCCGUCCUGCAGUGGUUCCGCGAAGAGUUCCUCAUCCACAGCUCCGCCGACUUCCGCGCGACAUACGAGGGCGACGUGGCCACGCUCGCCAUCAGCGAGGCGUUCCCCGAGGACAGCGGUCGCUUCACCUGCCGGGCCUGCAACCCCGCCGGGGUCAACACCACCUCCUGCUUCCUCACCGUGCACAUCUCUGAAGAUGACGAGGGCUCCAAGCAUCACGUGGACAACUUCACCGAGACUGUGCUCACCCAGGCCAGCAUGCAUGGAGAGCGCACGAGCGUGGCUUCGCCCACCCAGGCCUGCACGGUCGACUUCCCCGGCGAGGAACCCGUGUUCGUGCGCCUGGCCGAGCCCCAGCUGCUGGUGGAGGGCGACCGCAUGGCGUUCGUCUGCCAAGUGCACGGGGAGCCACCGCCCCACGUCUACUGGAAGAAAGGAGGGAUCCCACUUUCUUCCGGAUACAGGUACAAGACGAAGUUCGACGCGCAGAGUGGGGAGUGCUGCCUGGAGAUCUCCUUCAUGCUCGCCGACGACGCGGGAGAGUACACCUGCGUGGCCCGUAACCCCCACGGCGAGACCAGCACCACAGUGCUGCUGCUGAACCACAAUGACUAUCAAGCGCACCUGCAUCAGACCGGGAAAGCAAACCCAGUGAAGAACGGCAUUGCCCCUCAUGCAGCACCCCCAGCCACACACAUGCCGGAGUUUCCGCGGGCACACACUGUGCUGAAGAAAGUGCCCAGGCCGACUGUGGACAGACAGGAUUCCUGCCUCUCGUCUUUCGAGGAGCGCCUGAUGCGGGAGAUCGAGUACCGCCUCGUGGGCCUCAGCCUGGAGGAGCUGCUGGCAGAGGAUGGCGAGGGCCCCCCCCGGCACAGCGAGGACAGCGGCCCCUCUUUCGAGCCGGCCGUGGAGAGCAGGCUCGUGAGCCAACGCGUCCAGGAGGGCUUCCCCGCGGCCUUCUUCUGCCAGCUCUCAGGGCAUCCCCUGCCCAAGAUCCUGUGGUACAAGGAUGGGCGGCGGAUCUUCACGGGUCCUCACUAUCAGCUGGUGGGCCCGACGAGGCAGGGCGAGGUGGAGCUGCACAUUCCCAGCAUCCUUCCCGAGGAUGAGGGCAUCUACACCGUGCUGGCCUGCAACUCCUCCGGCAAUGCUGUGUGCUCCGCCAAGCUGUCCAUUGAGCCAGCGGGCAACGGGGCUGGGGGGCUGCCUUCGCCCAUGUCUCCGGCACGCCAGCAGAUCCACAUGCCGGCUUGGCCCGGCACCCAAGGGUCAGCCUCGCAGUCUCCUCCUGCCAAUAGGUCCCAACGGCCCCUGUCCCCCGAGCGAGCAGAGCCGGUGGGGGCGCUGCAGGACACGAGUGCGGAGAUCCUGGUGGAACGGCUGCACAAGCCCAUGUUUGUACAGAAGCCCGAGUCGGCCAGCGUCACCGAGGGGCAGACGGCGCGCUUCGACCUCCGCGUCGUGGGCCGGCCCAUGCCGGACACGUUCUGGUUCCACAAUGGCAAGCAGGUGCUGAACGACCAGACGCACAAGGUGGUGGUGAAGGAGGACGGCACGCAGUCGCUCAUCGUGGUGCCGGCGACCCCAGCGGACGCUGGCGAGUGGACGGUGGUCGCGCAGAACAAAGGAGGCUCCACGUCUGUGAGCGUAGAGCUCGUCGUGGAGGCCAAAGAGCGCUUGGAGAAGCCUCGCUUUGUGGAGAAGCCGAACAACGUGUGCGUGAAGGAGGGCUCCGCCGUGCAGCUCACGGCCCGCGCCAUCGGCAACCCCACCCCCGACAUCGUCUGGCAGAGGAACAACGACAUCAUCUUCCCGCACAAAUUCCCACACUACGAGGUGGAAAACACGAAGGGGGAAAGCACACUGACAAUUUACUCAGCGAAGCCCUCGGAUAUGGCCUGGUACACCAUCAUAGCCCUCAACCGGGCAGGCCGGACCAUGGCGCGCUGCAAGGUGCAGGUGGAGGCAAUGCUAUCGGACCGGCAGCCCGAGCCUGAGCGCAAGCUCAUCAUCCCCAAGGGCGUGUACCGCGACAUCGCUCCGCCAGUGCUGGAGCCGCUGCACCUGCGCCACGGCCAAGACCAGUGGAACGAGGGCGACCUCUACGACAAGGAGACCCAACAGAGGCCCUACUUCAAGAAGAAGCUGACGUCCGUGCGGCUGAAGCAGUUCGGGCCCGUGCACUUCGAGUGCCAGAUGACGCCCAUCGGGGACCCCCACAUGGUGGUGGAGUGGCUGCACGACGGGCAGCCCCUGCAGGCCGCUAACCGCUUCCGCAUCGUCUGCGAGUUCGGCUACUGCAGCCUGGACUACGAGGUGGCCUACCCGAGGGACAGCGGCAUCAUCACCUGCCGCGCCACGAACAAGUUCGGCUGUGACCAGACGUCGGGCUCGCUCAUCGUCAAGGACGAGAAGAGCCUGGUGGAAGAGAGUCAGCUCCCGGAGGGGCGCAGGGGAUUCCACCGCUUGCAGGAGCUCGAGAAGGGCAUGGCGGGGACAGUCGUGUCGAAGGAGGAUGUCCCGGAUGCGAGGGAGAAGCCGUACUUUGUGAUGUACCCCGAACCGUGCCGGGUGUACGACGGGGAGACGGCUCGGUACCACUGCCGUGUCACCGGAGUACCCCAGCCCAAGGUCUUGUGGUUCCUCAAUGGGCAGCGGAUCCACCGCAGCAAGCGGUUCCGGCUGCGCUAUGACGGCAUUCAUUAUCUGGAGAUCGUCGACUGCAAGUCCUAUGACACGGGAGAGGUGAAGCUUGUUGCGGAGAACUCGGAGGGCUCGGUGGAAUGCAAAGUGGUGCUGGAGAUUCUGCCAAAGCAGGACUUCAGGGCUGUGCUGCGCAAAUCUGUGCUGGAGGGCAAAGCUGACGGUCACAAGGAUUCCGGGAAGGCGCUCUUCGAGGUGCGCAAGCCGAAGGGACCCCUUCAGCACGUGCCCAUCGAGGUCGUGAAACUCAAGAAGGCCGAGAGGAUCACCCACGAGAAGCAGUCCGAGGAGACAGAUGAGCUCCGUGGGAAGUUCAAGCGCAGGACCGAGGAAGGAUACUUUGAGGCCCUUACGGCCAUCGAGCUCAAGAGCCGCAAGAAGGACGCCGACUACCAGGAGAUGCUCAAGAGAAAGCGGGAGGAGCUUGUCCACAGGGCCAUAGAAGCCACCGCGGAGGAGCUGGAGCAAGAGAGCAGGGCCGCAGCGCAGGUCUACAAGGUGGAGCGCAUGCAGCUGGCGCCCGGCAUGGAGCCGCCGAAAUUCACCGAGCGAAUCCAGAGCCAGACGGUGCCCGAGGGGGGCGAGGCUCGUUUUUGCGUCCAGGUGAAAGGCAAACCCCAGCCCGAGUGCCAGUGGUUUCUGAACGGCGUUCUGCUGGAGAGAUCAGAGAGGCUGAACUGGCAUUGGCCCGAGGAGAGCACGUGCGAGCUUGUCGUCCAGGACGUGACGGCGCAGGACUCGGGCAGUGUCAUGGCCAAGGCGGUGAGCGCAGCCGGGGAGACCACGAGCCACGCGUUCCUGCUCGUGCAAUCGAAACAGGUAAUCACCUUCAUUCAGCCCCUGUCGGACGUCUUCGCCAAGGAGAAGGACACGAUGGCUACCUUCGAGUGCGAGCUGUCAGAGCCCUUCUUCAAGGUGAAGUGGUUCCGGGACGGUCGGGCGCUGAAACCGGGAGACAAGUACCGCAUGCACUCGGACCGCAGGGUCCACAUGCUCUCCGUCCUCGCCAUCGAGGAAAGCGACGCCGACCUCUAUUCCUGCGAGCUGGCUGAGGACAGUUCUGUCAGCUGUGCUGCCACGCUCAUCGUGGAAGGGACGCUGUUGGAGAUCCUGAAGGAGCUGGAGGACGUGGAGGUGCCCGAGUCUCUGAGCGGCGAGUUGGAGUGCGUGGUGUCACGCGAGGACGCCGAUGGCGAGUGGUUUCACGGGGACCGUCCUCUCCAGCACGGAGACAAGUACCACGUGUCGUCGCGCCGUGGCAGACACACCCUGGUCGUGCGGGACGUCGUCCGCGACGACGAGGGGGAGUACAGCUUCCACGUGGACGGCCUGACGAGCACCGCGACACUCUCCAUGCAACUACGCCCGGUGACGGUGCUGCAAGGCCUUGGAGACACGGCGGCGUGCGAGGGCGAAGCCGUCCAGCUGGAGGUGCGCUUCCUGCAGGAGGCGGUGGAGGGCGUCUGGUGCCGGGAGGGCCACGAGCUCACGCCCGGGGGCCGCAUCUCCUUCUGCUCCAGGAAGCAGUCCCACCUGCUGUGCAUUGACAAUGCGAGCUUGGCUGACAGCGGGGAAUACUCCUUCGAGGUCCCGAAGCUCCAGUUCGUCACGGCUGGACGGCUCUCUGUGCAGCGCGUGGAGGUGGCAAGGGAGCUGCAAGAUCAGGAUGUGCUGGAAGGCACACGGGUGGUGCUGGAGGCCAAGUUGUCCAUCGCGGACGUGCAGAGCCGCGUGUGGCUGCGCGAUGGGGAGCCCCUAAGCCUCGGGGAGCGUGUGCAGCCCGUCGUCAAGGGAACCAAGCAGCGCCUCGUAUUCUCUCGCGUCUUCGCAUCAGACACGGGCGAAUACACGCUGCAGGCGGGCAACGCCUUCACGAGCUGCGUGCUCGAUGUCAGAGACGUGUCCAUCGUACGGGGGCUGGAGGAGCGCACGUGCUGCGAGACAGAGGACGUGACGUUGGAGGCAGAGGUGUCGCACGCCGGCAUUGAGCCGCGCUGGACAUUCGGCGAGCGGGAGCUGCGGCCGGGCGGACGCUGGAAGCUGGAGAUCCAGGGCCAGGUGUGCCGCCUCACCCUGCUGGGCGUUAGCAAGUCUGACGAGGGCCUCUACACGUUCGCAGCCGGGGAGAAGCAGAGCUCCGCCAACCUCAUGGUCACCGGCAGCGCCAUAGCGGUGCCGCCGCAGGACGCGUGCGUGGUGGAGUCGCAGGCGGCCGUGUUCGAGUGCGAGCUGCACAACGCACAGAGCGAGUGCCGCUGGCUCAAGGAUGGGCGCGAGAUGGCGCCGGGGGGGCGCGUGCGCGAGGAGAGCGACGGCGCCCUGCGUCGCCUCGUCAUCGACAACGCGGGCCCGGCCGACGUGGCCGAGUACUCGUGCCACGUGGCCUCGUCGCGGGCGUCCGCCCGGCUCUCGGUGGAUGCUGUGAAGAUUAAGAAGACGCUGAAGGCCGUGUCGGUGCUGGAGACGCGUGCAGCCAUCUUCACGCUGGAGCUGUCGCACGAGGACGUGGCGGGCGGCGUGUGGAUCCGCAACGGCGUGGAGCUCGUGCCGGGGGACAAGCACGAGAUGUGGGCGGAGGGCACCGUGCACACGAUGCGCAUCAACAACUGCUGUCCCGGCGACGAGUCCGUGUACAACUUCAAGCUGGGCAAGCUGUCGGCCAAUGCACGGCUGCACGUGGAUGCUGUGAAAGUGGUACGCAAGAUGAAGGACGUCUGUGUGACGGAGGGCGAAGUCGGAGUCCUGGAUUUGGGCCUCUCCCACGAGGGCAUCGUCGUCAAGUGGCUGCACAAGGGAGAGGCCGUCAAGUCCGGCCGAAAGUACCGGCUCAGUGCCGAGGGCAAGACCUACCGCUUGGAGGUGCUGGCUGCGAGCGACGAGGACACAGGGACCUACACGGCCGUCAUUGGGCAAACGGCAGUCUCAGCUGAGCUCUCUCUCUGUUGAAGGUUGACUGAAGAACAAAUCACGUGGUCACGAAGUGUGAAGUUGGAAAGCGCGAUGUCAACGUUGGUGGUGGAAUAAAAUGAAUCUGGAUGUUGUUUUUGAAUAGUGCAGAAAACAUGAAAUGAACAUUACGUUGGCUAUAAAGGAUAACCCCCGAAUGAAAUGUGUUGACCAAGAAGGCAGUGUUAUUGAUGUCGAAUGAUUGACUUUAAUGUGGCAGUUGGGUACUUUGAAACCUUGCUUUGGAUCACAGCACGGAUGUCCACUAUUUUAAGAUUGUAGCUAGAGUUGUAACGUGGCAAGGAGAAUCGCGGAUUGCGUUCAACACUACUAAAAACUAGAGGCAGAUACGUAUUGUAUAAGCAUGUGAGCUUCCCGAGCGCCUGGAAAUGUAGCGGACAUUUUCACCACAUAUGGCCCAUCGGCUGUUUUACUCGGACAAGAUCCACAUGGCUUGAUGUUUGUUUCACCCACUGAUGCACAAGAAUGUCCUUGUUAGCAUAAACAAAUGAAUGAUUAAAAUAUGAAAAUGUG